CUGUCCACAGAGCACAAGGGCAGUGUCAGCACCUGCUCUGGCUGCCUCUGUACCCGAGGAAGAGGCUGAAGAGGAGGAAGGUGCCAAUGAACCUGGCCCUGCUGUCAGCCCAGGGCUGGAGCAAACAACACCAGUAAGUGCCCCCUUGGAGUAGCAGUGUCUUUGGUGUCAUUUUGUCCGUCAUGUAAAAGCAGCCUUGGGAUUUUGUGCCUUGAGCUGUUGAAGCAAGCUGCACAAGCUGGGAGGUGAAGAGCCCUGGGUGUGGCCAGCAGCAUCUUCCUAGGGGUGUGCAUUUGAAAUGAGAUGGGAGGGGCAUCUCUGCCAGGCACAUUUGUGACCCAAAUUCAUUUCUUGUCCCAGAGCUCCACCUCCUCUGUCCUGGCAGCUGCAGGAGCUGCAGCUGAAGGCUGGGAAGAAGGCUCCAGUGCCCAGGCUGGAAGCUCAAGCACGAGCAGCUCGUGCACCUGGAGCACGACUAGCUCCUCUGGCAGCAGAGAGCAGCAGCGAGAGAGCACAGAGGACAAGUGCCUGGCCGUGCUGAAGAUGCUGGUGAGCAAGGGAGAUCCUGAGGCGAAAUACACAGAAGUGGAAACUCUUGGCAAAGGGGGUUUCGGCACUGUGUGCAUGGCAGUGGAGUCUGCCACAGGAGAAGAGGUGGCCAUCAAGAAAAUUAGUCUCCUGCAAGAGAGCAGCAGUGAGCUGUGCCUGAAUGAAAUCCAGGUCAUGCGUGGCACUAAGAAUGCCAACCUUGUGAACUAUGUAGACAGCUACCUGGUGGACGAGGAACUCUGGCUCGUGAUGGAAUACAUGGACGGAGGUUCUUUACAUGAUGUCAUCAGGGAGACUCACAUGGCAGAAGGAGAGAUAGCAGCUGUCUCUCGGGAGUGCCUGCAAGGCCUGGAUUUCCUGCACUCCAAUCAAGUGAUCCACCGCGAUAUCAAAAGCCACAACAUUCUCCUGGGCUUGGAUGGAUCUGUCAAGUUGGCUGAUUUUGGCCUUGCUGCUCAGCUCACUGCUGAGCAGAGCAAACGGAGAUCAGCUGUUGGGACUACUUACUGGAUGGCGCCAGAAAUUUUCACCAGGAAGCCCUAUGGCCCCAAAGUGGACAUCUGGUCCUUUGGAAUUGUGGGGAUCGAGAUGGUGGAAGGAGCGCCUCCGUACCUGAUGAAAACCUCCCGCACGGUUCAACAGCUGAUAAGCACCGGGGCCCCCCCGAAGCUGCAGAAGCCCAGGCAGCAGUCGGCGUGGCUGCGAGACUUCCUGCACUGCUGCCUGGAGAGGGACGAGGACAGGCGCUGGUCUGCCCAGGAACUUCUGCAGUUUUCCUGUUGUACCCCUCACUUCCCUGAACCCACUAUCCCUGAGAAGGAGAGGAUGGGAGAUGGAACCUGCUCAAGAGCACAGGUGAGCCACCAGUCAUCUGCCAUCUCCCCUCCUUUUCUGUCCUCUUGCCAGGACAGCACUGGCCAUGCCAAACUGGAGUCUACCCUAACCCACUUUCUGACAGCCCUCAGCCCUACUCUUGCCUUCCUACUGUAUUAGCCAUUCCCCAUUUUUGUUGGAAUUCAUGUUUUAGAGAUCAAACUUACAAUGAGAUUUCACAAUAAAACAGCCAGAGGACCGACUCUGUUGCCCCCACAGGAGACCUGUUCCUGGCCCUGCCAGAAGGUCCCCCACAGGCCAGUCUGCCGGGGUCGGCUGCCAGUGGUCUCUGCCCCAGCACGGGAAAAGGUGGUUCUGGGCAGGCCGCACUCUCGAAGAAGGAGUCUGGACUCUUGCUUUUCGGUCUUCAGUUGAGUUUAUUGUUCCUUAUCUACAAAGUUUUUCUGUCUGUCCAGCCGAGGUCUGAUCAGCAAGACAGCCAAGGGCACUCUCUCCCGCCCAUGGGGCGGUUGUCUCUUUUCUAGUAAAAACUACGUAGAAGAUAUUUACCUUUAAUUUCCAAUACUUUUCGCCCUUGUUGGCAAGUGCACUUUCCCUAUGAACCAAUCCACACAUGCCAACAUCAUCCUGAACGUGGAUGCCAAGGAGAAGAAAGAAGAAGGACAGGACAUGCCCAAAUUCCUCCAUCUUAGUACCCCUGACCCCCAUGUACAGAAUUUCAAAACCCCCCUGUACAACAUAUAAAACCCCCCUGUACAGUGCGUUAUAAUUCAAGUUUUAUCAAGUGAGUAUCUUCCCCUCACCAUUCAGGCCUGAAUUUCUCUCAUUAUCUCACAUUCAGGUGUCUUUGGCUUCCUGCCAGGGUCUCUGAGCCCCUGCCAGGGCUCUGAGACAUCCAGGGCAUCCAGAGAGAUGCUCUGGGUUCCGACACUAGUCCUCCAUCAAAGCUUUUCUUUUGAUUUGUGUGUUUGGUGAAGGGCACAGGGGAAGGUGCCACCACAAGUCCUUUUGAUUUUCUGUUCUCUUGUUUUGUGGGUGAGUGAGGGGGAAUGGAGUGGCAGGGAGCAACCUGGGUCUCAGGGCUUUAGAAGCAAGGGGGAAUGGAAAUCAAAUUCUCUUAUUGUUUAGCUGUGCUCUGCAAUAUGAACCCACCUGUUAAUUUAAAUUGUCAAGUUUAGUUAAAGUCUAUUAAGUGUUGUGUUGUUUUUAGUUAAGACAAAAUUAUUAUUUUUACUAUGAUUGUUAUACAUUUAAUUAUAAAUCAAACAAAAAAGGGGGAGUCGUGGGAGCUUGUGCUGGAGGGCAGGGGCCAGGAACUGACCAUACAGCCACAGAUCAGACAAACAACGACCAACACCAAGCCUCAGGAGAAGAGAAGCCACAAGGGGUGACACCCAGACAACUUAUGGGGAGCUUCUCAUGAAGAGCAGAGGACUCUGGAUUGGGAGUGGCCAUGCAGAUCAACAGCCUGCCUGGACCCAUCAGGGCAGAGGGAAAACAGGUGAUGGCUUUGGGAUGGGCACCCAAAUCUGCCUACACUAUCCCUCAAUGCACCAUCCAGCACCAGGAGAAGCCUUGCUUAAUUUUUUCAGUAUUUUAUCCAAUUACUUUUGAUUUUUUCUUCUUGCUACCUUCAACAUCUGUACAUAGUCCUCUCAUUCCUUUGAUGUUUCUACCUCUUCCUUUCUUUGCACCUUCCCCUCCCUAAUUGUCAGCUGAACUAUUGACAGAUGGCUUUUUUCACCCACUGGUACCUGAUGUGCCAGCAGCAAAAUAAUUCUCAUUAUUUUGCCCCUAACUGCCUUCUCAUUGGGGCACUGUCACAGCUGGCAAAGCUUUGGUCUUUCAUGUGUUUUUUGGGCAGGAGGUGGGUGAGGGCAGACCAAGUGACUUCCUAAGGCCUACAGAGCAAUGCCCUGCAAGCCAGACCUGUUCUCUUUCAGGCAAAUCUUCUUGGAAAGGACUUCAGAAUUCCAUCAUGGAAAUGAAGCACUGUUGACAGAGCACUAGACUCUGAAAGGAUUUGAAAGGGGAGAGGAAGCUCAGCUUGCACAUGAGCCACAAGAAGCUUUCUCCCCACCAGAAUUUUGGCAUCACAAUAGCAGUGCUCCAUGCUGGCCAUCUCUCCCCAGGAUAUCCCCCACGUGCACGCCCCUCCUGCUGGCAAUGGGCUCACUUUGGCUGUCUUGUGGGGCAGAGAAGGGAACAGGCACCCAGAGAGGGAGCAUUUCACUGUGUUUCAGAAAAUGACAGCAGAGCAGCCUUCCUCAGCAAAGUCAUCUGAAAUGACUUAAGAGUCCUAAUAGUCUGGAACGCCUCAAGGUGCUCUCAUACCAGGACCUCACUGCUGCCUCACCUGAGGGUUUACAGCUGCCUCCAGGCCCUUCCAGGCUAAGCGCAGGUGCUCAGGAGUCUGACUUCUUCCUGACAUCUCCCAAGAAAGUCUUUGCCUCAUCUGGAUUUCUUGGGGUUUCAUCAGAGGAACCAGGCACCAGCAAAUUUCAUCUCAAGCGUGAGCUCAUCAUUCCGCUGGUUCCCAUAGACCGCAGAUGCCGCCCUGAGCUCAUGGUUUCUCUGCGUCCCAUAGACCAUCACAGCCCUUCCAUGGCCUCUCCAGAGGGAAGCAGCUGCACAUCUUCAGAGCAGUAUUUGCCAGCCUGCAGUUCAUCAGCCACCCCAGGCACUUCAGGCCCCAGCGCUCCAGCUGGCAGUGCUGGUUUUGCACCAUGGACAGCCCCCAGCUGGCUGUGGAAUACUCCUGGGGAAGAGGAAUUGCCACCACCAGAUCUGGACAUGGUGCUUGAGACGCUGGAGGAGAUGUUUUCUCCCUCUGCUCAGGUAACUGCAUUGGACAGGGAAGAAAAGGGCUGGGAGCUGAGAGCUUGUGAAUGUUGUUGCAUGGCUGAGAAGCAAAGGCUUCUUGAGUUCAGCUCCGUGAAUGGACAGGAAAAGAUUUGCUUGGUGAAACAAGACUUCCUAAAGAAGAGGGAAUGAAAAAGUCUCCCCCUGAAUAAGGAUGAAGAGGUGUGAGCCUGUGUUGGCCAGGUUUGGGUGCCUGUUUUCCUGGGAAGAAUCCCUCGUGCAGGGGUGUUUGUGGUGAGGAAGUGGAAGCUUUGCAGGUUCUAAGAGGCUUUGUUUGGUGGGAAAGAAGAGAAGAGUGUUUGGAGAAUUGCCAAGUGUCCCGUGCAGGGAGGGACAUGGCAGAGGCUGUGCCU